AUGGCACCCAAAACGCAACAAGCCGUGUCCAAGCCGCAUGGCUACGAAUUUUUCGGCCCUCCUGGUGCUGCAGCUAUCAGUUUCGGGUUACCAGUCUUGAUUUACGCCUUCGCCUUCGCUUGCAACGACGUCUCCGGUUGUCCUGCGCCGUCACUCCUCCACCUCAAAUCGCUCGAUUUCGAAACCCUUAAAUCAGAAGUGGGCUGGCCUGAAGAUGGUGUCAGGGGGCUCGUGAGCUGGGAGGCCACUGGCUGGCUCUUCACCUAUUACCUUUUUAGCGCCGUGCUCUACCGCAUUCUUCCUGGAACUGAGGUCGAGGGGACUACACUUGCGAAUGGCGGGCGUUUGAAGUACAAGUUCAACGCCUUCGCCUCGACCAUGUUUACUUUGGCUAUCUGCCUCGCUGGUACCAUUGCUCAGGGCGCCGAGUUCCCUCUGUGGACUUUUAUCACCGACAACUAUCUGCAAAUUCUCACCGUCGACAUCCUCAUCGCAUACGCCCUGGCCACGUAUGUCUACGUUCGCAGCUUUAGCGUCAAGCCGGGCAACCCCGAAUUCCGGCAGCUCGCCGCUGGUGGUGUGUCCGGAAAUAUGCUCUACGAUUGGUUUAUCGGCCGCGAGCUGAACCCGCGUGUUACGCUCCCGCUCCUCGGCGAGAUUGAUAUCAAGGAGUGGAUGGAGAUUCGCCCUGGCCUGACGGGCUGGAUCCUGCUCAACUGCGCCUUCAUCGCCAAGCAGUACCGCACUUUCGGAUACGUCACUGACAGCAUCGUCUUCAUCUCCAUCGUCCAAGCUCUCUACGUCCUCGACGCGCAGUUCAUGGAGCCCGCGAUCCUGACCACCAUCGACAUUACCACCGAUGGUUUCGGCCUGAUGCUUUCCUUUGGCGACCUCGUCUGGGUACCAUUCGUCUACACACAACAAACCCGCUACUUGUCCGUCCACCCGCAGACCCUUGGCCCGCUCGGCCUCGCUGGCGUUGGCGCUCUCCUGCUCGCCGCUUUCUCCAUCUUCCGCCUAUCCAACAGCCAGAAGAACGCCUUCCGCACCAACCCCAAUGACCCAUCUGUGGCCCACCUCAAGUACAUCGAGACUAAGGCCGGCACCCGUCUACUCACCUCCGGCUGGUGGGGCAUCGCCCGCCACAUCAACUACUUUGGUGAUUGGCUGCAGGCCUGGCCGUACUCCUUGCCUACCGGCCUGGCGGGCUACACUAUCCUGACCGCGGGCUCCACCGUCGAGGGUGCUGUCCGCAUGUUGGAUGGCCGCCAGGUCGUGCCUGGCGAUGCUAAGGGAUGGGGGGCGAUUUUCACCUACUUUUAUGUGCUUUACUUCGCUGUCCUGCUUAUCCACCGUGACCGCAGGGAUGAUGAGAAGUGCUCGCGCAAGUAUGGUGAGGAUUGGGAAAAGUACAAGAAGAUUGUGAGAGCGCUGCUCCAAAAGCCGCGCAAUGAGUGCACGGAGUAUGAGAUUGCCCAGCUGGAAAGCUGGGAGAUGAGCAAUGGGCCGUUGUCGCUGCUGCAGACGGCUGUGAGGAGCCAUUCACAGGUGCUGAUCAGCAUUCGGUCGAAUCGCAAGCUGCUUGCGAGAGUCAAGGCGUUUGACCGCCACUGCAACAUGAUCCUAGAGAAUGUGAAAGAAAUGUGGACCGAAACGCCCGUACACAACGGCAAGAAGGGUAGGCCGGUAAACAAGGAUCGAUUUAUUAGCAAGAUGUUUCUGCGUGGUGAUAGUGUCAUCAUCGUUCUUCUGAGCUAA